AAUGAUAUGAUACUAUAUACGAGAUAUAAAAUCGAAAGCGUGCUCUAACCAAAAUUUGCAGUCAACCUUGGCUUCAAUUUCUAUCAGUUCACCGCUAAUCAUGCAUGCAUAAUGCAAUUCGCCCCUGUUGCUUUGCUGUCCCUGGUCGUGCAGAUAAUCGCCUUCCCGGCGGGAGUUGUCAAUGUUGAUUAUUCGACUUCUACGAACCUAUCUCAGUUCAAUCAAUUUCUAACCUUACCGAAUGGAACUAUCAUCUCCAGCAAUAUCACAACUAAUAAUGAACACUACAAUGAGAAUUGGCAAUACGAUGGUACCGAUGAAUGCAAGUGGGCCAUGAACUAUAUGCCAUAUGUCAGCUCCGAGUGUACGGAGUACUGCGAAGCCGAUACCUACAACUGGGGCUAUAGAUUCCACCGCUUACGCUACCAUAUAAAGCUCUCCGGAAAUGGUCAAGAUCCUGUUACCUGGUGCAACAACUUCAAGGCGAGAAUGAUGUACAACUGUGCCGUUGGACAGCCUGAUUUUUUCAACUGCAACUUGGGUAGAGCACCAGAGCUUCCUGCUCUACGCACCUGGGCUGCCGAUACCUCUAUUGGACAGGUCGUCCAGAAACCCGGCAUCAAUCUUAGAUUCGACUUCAGUCCGCGGUGGGAGCCCCGAGAUGCAGAGCAUGACUGUGUUAGAUCGGCUAUUCGUGAGGCAACCUGCGCCGGGACCAUAUUCAGAAACGGUUUACGGUGCAUCCCUACGAUGUAUAUAGCUCCGGAUGGCGCUCCCGAAUUUGACGAAUCUUUUGUGCCACCCGCCACAAGAUGCCUGUACAACUCUGAAGUGCCUCUCGAAGCCACCUGAAUAUAACUAACAGAAUGAUAAAAUAUGAGAGCUUUUAUUCUACAUCAAACCGAUUUCGGCAUAUCUUUUAGAGGUCCCA